CAUCAUCGGUCCGGUCACCGUUAUGCCGGACUUUGCCAAGUAUGCCAGCGACUCGUCCUCGCCCACGAUCCACGGCCUGAUCGUGUCUUCGAUCCUCAUCCCCGCUGCGAUUUCAUCCUUCUUCGCCGGCCGGCUGGCAGACGCGAUCGGCCGUCACUGGGCCAUCGCCAUCGGCGCUUUCGUCUUUGGCCUCGGGGCUGCUAUCGAGGCUGCAUCGGUCCACAUUGCCAUGUUUGUUUCUGGACGCGUGAUCGAAGGCAUCGGCGAGGGUCUUUACCUCAGCAACCUGGUUGUGUAAGUCCUCCCACGGGGCACGAACGGUCCCGGGGGAACACACGGCGGACUAAUACCGGUUGCUUCUCAUCUGCAGCUACAUCUGCGAAAUCUCUCCGCCGAGAAAUCGCGGCACCCUGACUAACGGGCCGCAGUUGCUUGUCACCAUGGGCCUAGUCACCGGGUUCUUUACGUGCUAUGGGACCGCCACCAUGGAAUCGACGUUCUCCUGGCGCUUGCCAUUCAUGCUGUUGGCUGCAUACUCCUUCACUUUUGCUGGCGCGGUCCUCCUUUGGCUUCCUGCCUCCCCGCGAUGGCUCACACUUCGGGGGCGGACCAGCGAAGCUUCUGAAAUCUGGGAAAAGCUUGGCGUCCCUUCUGCUGAUCGAGAGAAGAUCAUGCAUCAGCGCGAGGCUGUCAUGGUCGUCGAGAGUGACAACAACGAGGCCGGUGGUGAGAACAGUUCCGGAAUCGCCAACCCUGCUCCCGCAGGUCUCCUCGGGCACGGUCAGCCUGUCAAGUCCAACAAGGCGAAGGCCCUGGUGCUCGGGCUGUUCGCUCCAGACACGCGCUCCCGCCUCUUUCUGGCGGUGUUCCUCAUGGGCAUGCAGCAGCUCAGCGGGAUCGACGGCGUGCUCUAUUACGCUCCUGUCCUCUUCCAACAGGCUGGCCUAUCCUCUGCGAAAGCCAGCUUCCUCGCAUCCGGCGUGUCCGCCAUCGUCAUCUUCGCCGUCUCCAUCCCGGCCAUGAUAUUUGCCGACCGCUGGAGCCGCCGCGCAAACACGAUCCUGGGCGGCAUCGGCAUGGGCAUCACCAUGUUCCUCAUGGGCGGGCUCUACGCCGGCGGCGCAGUCCACGCGGACUCCGGUGCCGGCCGCUGGAUCAUCGUCGCGUCCAUCUACGUCUUCGCCAUCAUCUUCAGCAUCUCGUGGGCCGUCGUGAUCCGGAUCUACGCCGCCGAGAUCCAGCCGCAGAAGACGAGAGCGGCGGCGACCAGUCUCGCGCACGGCUCGAACUGGCUGAGCAACUUCCUCGUUGCCCUGGUGACGCCGACGUUGCUCGCCAGGACAAGCUACGGGGCGUACUUUUUGUUCGGCUCCUGCUCGGUCGUGACGGCGCUGGUCUGCUGGGCGUUCAUGCCCGAGACCAGAGGAAAGAGCCUGGAUGAGAUCGAGCAGGCCUUCUAUGACACUAGGGGCAGCCGGCGCGGGCUGAAGGCGUUUGGCACGGUGCUGCGGAGGAAGUUGCCAUGGGGAAUGCCUCCUGCGAUCGAUGCCUGACCUGGGGCGCUGCAGAGCUGCUGGAUCAUCCGUUUUGCUGUGACGGUCUCGACGAUGAAGGUUUGUUAUCGGCUCGACGAUCGCGAGGUUCGAGAUCCUUGGCUGCAAGGUUCUGGAAUCUGGAAUGGCCAGGGGCAUGAACCCGUGGCUUGAGCGCUAGGUGAUGUCAUCGAACAGGACCAAGUGGGG